AUGCCAGCAGAAGACCAUCAAUCCGCCAGUCCUGCUUCGAAAGCCUUUGCAAGCUCUUUGGCCAGAUAUGCUUACGUCGCUUCGUCCUCCUCUGGCACGACCUCGGAAGAUACUUCUGCCCACUUGAAGCGAUCAGUCCCUGGGAGGCCGCCAAAACACUCAAAUGUUGAAGAGCGAAAAGAGAGGACACCCAAGAGGUCCAUGUCGGCAAGCCCUAGUAAGAAGGCCGUAAAAAAACCAAGGGGGUAUGCAGGCCCUGAAGUUUAUGAGCAUUUGAGACCAGUGAAUGACUUGCUAUCGGAUGAUCUAGACUGCAAACAGUCGGCUUCUUUAGGCCAUCAUUUUGCCCACCCCACCAACAAAUUCUGGAGACUCUUUUUAAAGGUUGUGGCAGGUCUUACAUCGAGACUUGUACCUCCGACUGAAGACCACUUGGUCAUCGGCGAGUUCAAUUUUGGCUUGACCAACCUGGUCGAUAGACCCACUUCAGAACAAAGCGAGCUUUCCACCCUCGAAAUGCGCCUCAACACCUACCAGCUACUCUUGAAAUUUGUCAGAUAUCAUCCAAGUAUUGUGUGCUUCGUCGGCAAGAAGAUAUGGGACGUGUUUGAAAGCGUGGUGGGAAAGACAGUCUUCUAUGGAGGAGAAGUCGAGACAGUGAUGAAGGCUGAGACUGGGAUGUCGCAAGAGGGUACAGAACGGAAGGUCUCCAUUCUGACCCCACAGAAGAGGCCGAAAAUGGAGGCAACGGAUGAUGACUGCGAUAAUGACAUUGCAAUGCCGUCGGAGAUCAUUGCGACACCAAGAAAAGGUCGGUUGAAUAGUGCACUUUCCCCUUCACUUAUUUCGCCUCGAAAGAGGAAGGGCAAAGAAACCAAGAUUCCAUUCAGUUUCUCAAAGCCUCAGUCAAUAAGACUGCCUCAUGCUCUCUCGCCCGGCAGGCAGAGAGAGUAUACCUACUUCUUUGUGGUUCCUAGCACUUCCGGUCUGGAAAGGACACCUCUGCUUGAGCAGGUCUCCAAUUUCAGAGCAUUAAAAGAAGCAGUGGAUACCAUCAAGCAGGGGAAAGAGCCAGCGGGCAACUAUCUGGACGUUGACGUCUCGGGGGUUGAGAAGACCGUAGAAGACAUGCGACGCGGAGCUUUGCUCAAAGGGACAGUCUCUUGA